UGCGCUGGCGCUUUGCGCUGCGCUUCACUAAGGAGGCCCUUUCGCGAUGACCACAACCAAGAAUGAGCGGUCUUUGGUCGUAAUCCAAUUGACCGGCGCGAAUGACCCUAUGAAUACCGUAAUUCCCUAUGCCGACGGACAUUACUACGAUUUUCGGCCCAACGUCGGGAUUCCGACGGAUCAGGUUAUCCCCAUUGACGGGCAGCUUGGGUUCAAUCCAAAUAUGGUGCCGAUCAAGGCGCUGUGGGACGAGGGGAAGGUCGCGGUCAUCAACGGCAUCGGGUACCCCAACCCGACCCGUUCGCACUUCCGCAGCAUGGACAUCUGGCAUACGUGCGAGCCGGAAAAGAUUGCCACCGAAGGCUGGCUGGGCCGAGUCAUUCGCGACCUGGAUCCCAGUGGGCAGAAUGUAAUCACCGGCGUCAACUUCGGCCGUGGCCUCCCCCGCUCCAUGGGCGCGUCGGGAGUCCCGGUUGCCUCAGUGGGCAACCUGGAAACCUACGGCCUGUUCCCGGACGUGGAAGAAGAGCGAAUUCGCGGCCUCUGCCUGGACGCCUUCGGCAAGAUGUAUGGCGGCACCAUCCAGGGCGCCGUAAUGGAAUACCUGGGGCAAACCGGCCGGGACGCCCUGAAAGGCGCGGACAUUCUCCGCACCGCCCCCGAACAGUAUUCCUCAUCGGUGGAAUACGCGGAAAACCCCAUCGCCCAGUCUCUCAAGAACGUGGCGCAGGUGAUGACCGCCGAUCUGGGCACGCGCAUCUAUUACACGCAGCACGGCAGUUUCGACACCCACGGUGACGAAAUCAAGGUUCACGGUGGCCUCUGGACCCAGGUCUCCGGCGCGGUCAGCGACUUCAUGGCCGACCUGGAAGAGCACGGACGCGGAGACGAUGCCAUCGUGCUGGUUUGGACCGAGUUCGGCCGCAGGGUCAGGGACAACGGUACCGGCACCGAUCACGGCUCCGGUGGCACCGCCUUCAUCAUUGGCAACCAGGUCAACGGUGGCCUCUUCGGACAGUAUCCGUCACUGGCCGACCAGGACCAGCUGGACGGUGACCUGCACUGGAACAACGACUUCCGGUCCACCUACUCCACAAUUGCGGAUCAGUGGCUGGGCCUGGACCCGGUUUCCAUUGUGAACGGCCAGUUCGAGCAGUGGGACUUCAUCCGCAGCUAGCCCGCUGUCCCAGCAGAGGAACCUUUUGACACAGACCUUGCGGAGGCAAUUAUGAGCAAUGCCGAUAUUGCCCUGAUGGCGCACCUGAUGCGGCGAGCCGGCUUCGGCGCGAGCCGGGACGAACUGGAGCAGUUGGUAGACCACGGUUACGAGAACGUGGUCGAAGACCUGCUCAUCCCGGGAAACGCCAACGUGAUGCCGGACGACGUAAUCCGGCGCUACCACUCCGAGAUGGCCGAGAUGCGCGAGCUGAACAGCGCCGGGGCAUACUGGAUGUAUCGGAUGGUCACCACCGAAAACCAGCUUGAGGAGAAACUGGCCCUGUUCUGGCACGGGCUUUUCGCCACCGGCUACUCCAAGUUGAACCAGGCCAGCGCGCUGGUGAACCAGAUCAACACGUUCCGUCGCCACUCACUGGGUUCCUUCCGGACCAUGUUGGUGGAGCUGUCGAAGGACCCGGCCAUGAUCAUCUGGUUGGACAACCACGACAACCACCGGGACAACAUCAACGAGAAUUACGGACGCGAGUUGCUGGAACUGUUCUCCAUGGGCGUGGGCAACUACACCGAGGACGACAUCAAGGAAUGCGCCCGCGCGUUCACUGGCUGGACGCUGGGCAACGCUGAGUAUAUGUCGACCCGGGCCAGCCGCGACUCGAUUUGGCCUUACAGCCGGAUCAACUGGCACUUCAACUACCGGGACUACGACCACGACGACGGCGAAAAAACGUUCCUGGGUCACACCGGCAACUUCAACGGUGACGACAUCAUCGACAUCAUCGUCCAGCAAGAGGCGACGGCGCGGUUCAUCAGCACCCGCCUGCUCCAAUAUUUCGCGGCCGACGAGGUCGGCGAUGCUGCCGAAGCGGUCAUCAACGACAUGAUGGCGUCGUACUUCGAAUCUAAGUACGAAAUCCGCUCCGUGCUACGCACGCUGUUCAACUCCGACUACUUCAAGUCGGACGACGCCAGGUUCGCCCGGGUCAAGGGCCCGGUGGAGUUGGUUGUCGGCGCGGUGCGCAUGGCGGGCACCUACCAGGAGCCCACGUUCGGCGCCGAUCAACUGGCCCGGCAGAGCAUGUACAUGGGCCAGGGCAUCUUCCAGCCGCCCAGCGUGGAAGGCUGGCACGAAGGCGCCGAGUGGAUCGACAGCGGAGCGCUGGUGGAACGGGUCAACUUCGUAGGACAGGAACUGGGCGAUCCGGAUAACCCGGGCGUCAAGGCGAUAAUCGACCGGAUGGCACGCCAGAGCGACGGCGUACUGUCACCGGAAGAACAGGUGGCCGGCUGCGCGGAUCUGAUCGGACCGCUGGAGUUGUCCGAAUUGACCGCGACAUCGAUCCAGGAAUUUGCCAGCGAGCAGGGCCCUGCCGACCUCAGGGAAGGCUCGCGCACGGAGGCGGACGAUCAGCGCAUCGCCAACCUGCUUCGGCUGCUGACGGCCACGCGGGAGUAUCAACUGGCAUAGCAUCGACGACAACGCCGAGCAAAGGAUUGCAGGGGCGAAUGAUAUUCGCCCCUACGCAAAACAGGAGAGGCUGCAAUGACUACCGCGACUGCGGUCAGCGCCGGCCCGAUGGAAUACUUGAAAACCAUCGGCGUCACCACCAACCAGAGCGGUCGGGGGUUCAUCAACCCUUACGACUGCGCCUUCACCAAGGACGGGCGUAUCAUGGUGCUCAACCAUGCCGACGCGGCACGGACCGCACUCAUCCGCAUCGGCGUGCUCAACUGGGACGAGGAGUACCUGGGAGAGUUCAGCAAGGGUACGGGGCGUGGCGAGGGCCAGUGGAUGCUGCCCAUCAGCAUGACCAUCAGCGCCGACCAGCGUAUCCACCUCACCGACGAGCACCUGCACCGAGUGACGGUGUUCGACACUGACGGCGACUUCAUCAGGAUGUGGGGUGAGAAAGGUGACGGCGCCGGACAGUUGAACGGCCCGGCGGGGGUCGCCGUGGCUGCGGAUGGAACGGUGUACGUUGCCGAACAGUACAACCACCGAGUGCAGCGGUUCACGUCGGAAGGCGAACCGAUAUCCCAUUGGGGAGAGCAAGGAGAGGGACCGGGUCAGUUUAACAUGCCCUGGGGUCUGACCCUGGACACUGCGGGGAAUGUGUACGUCGCGGACUGGCGAAACGACCGGGUGCAGAAGUUCACCAAGGACGGCCAGCACCUGGCAACCUACGGCUCGUCCGGCACGGGUGAAGGCGAGUUCAGCCGGCCUUCGGCGGUUGCGGUGGAUUCCGAGGGAUACAUCUACGUGGCCGACUGGGGCAACGAACGAGUCCUGUUGUUGGACUCGGAUGGAAAAUUCGUUCAGUCGCUUCGGGGGCAGGCCACGCUGUCCAAGUGGGCUCAGGACUUCAUGUCAGUGAACCCAGACGAGUACAACACCCGUCAGAUAGCCAACUUGGUGCCGGAUCUUCCGGACCACCUGGACACGCCGUACCUGAUCUCCGCGCAAACGGAACCGUACUUCUGGGGGCCGGUGUCGCUCCGGUUGGACCCCGAGGAGAAACUGUUCGUCGUGGAGGCCAACCGGCACCGGAUCCAGGUGUACCAGCGUCGGAAGGACUGACCAGACUUUGACCAGCAACGACCUCCUGGCAAGCAUUCGUGCCGUCGUCGGUGACGAUUAUGUGAUCGCGCACCGGGAAGACUUGCUGGUCUACGAGUACGACGGCUCUGUCGACCGCUCGAUGCCACGGGCGGUCGUUUUGCCGGCCGACACGCAGCAAGUCAGCCAGGUUAUGCAGCUGGCCUAUGAGGCCGGCGUAACCGUGGUGGGUCGCGGGAGCGGAACUGGCCUGAGCGGUGGGGCGAUCACGCCGCCGGACGGGUUGCAGAUCGCGUUCCCAAGAAUGGACCGCAUCCUGAACGUCGACACGGUGAACCGCACGGCGUUGGUCGAACCGGGCGUGAUAAACCUUGACCUGGACAACCAUGUGCGUAGGUUCGGGAUGCGCUACGCUCCCGACCCUUCGAGCCAGAGGGCGUGCAGCCUGGGCGGGAACAUCGCCGAGAACGCGGGAGGACCGCACUGCCUGGCGUACGGAGCGACCACCAACCACGUCAUCGGGAUGGAGGUAGUGCUGGAAGACGGGGAAGUGGUGCACCUGGGCAGCAUGGCACGAGAGGCACCGGGUUACGACCUUCGCGGUGUGUUCGUGGGUUCCGAGGGCACGUUCGGCAUCACUACCAAGAUACUGGUCAGGUUGUUGCCAUUACCGGAGACGGUGCGGACGUUCCUAGGUAUCUUCCCGGACAUCGAUUCGGCGUGCACUGCGGUGUCGGCGGUGAUCGGACACGGGAUUGUUCCGGCGGCGCUGGAGAUGAUCGACGCGCUCAGCAUCAAAGCGGUGCAAAACGUCACCGACGCGGGGUAUCCGAACGAUGCCGGCGCGGUGCUGUUGAUCGAACUGGAAGGGCUGAACGAAGAGGUGGACGAAGUCAGCGGGGAGGUUGAAGCGGCGCUGUGGGAUACUGGCGCCGCCGACGUCAGGGUCGCCGAGGACGACGCCGAGAGGGAGCGCCUGUGGGUGGGUCGGAAGACGGCGUUCGGAGCGUUCGGCACCAUCGCACCGAACUACUACCUGGUGGACGGCGUGGUGCCGCGAACCCGCCUGACGCACAUGCUCCGAAAGGUGAGCGAGGUGAGCGAACGCUACGGCAUCACCAUAGCCAACGUGUUCCACGCCGGCGACGGCAACCUGCAUCCCUGCAUGUUGUUCGAUGCUCGCGAGCCAGGUGUUAUGGAAAGCGCGAUGGCAGCGGCCGCGGAGCUGAUGGAAGAGUGCGCACUGCUGGGAGGCACCCUGAGCGGAGAACACGGGAUCGGGUUGGAAAAGAAAGAGUUCAUGCCGUUGGUGUACACCGAGGCAGACAUGGAAGCAAUGCAGCGGGUAAGGGAAGCGUUUGCCCCGGAAAACCGGCUCAACCCCGGCAAGAUAUUCCCCGACGGGAGUUACUGGCGCCCAUCAGCGCACCCGGUCGCCCACACGGCAGGCUUGUACGCGUGA